UACCCUUAAGUUGGAUCCUGAAAAUGAGUAGAAUUGUUGUAAAAUCGCAGAUGCUGAGGAAGAUGGCAAUACGAAAUGCGAACAAGACUCUCAAGUGGAAGAUGAACUCCCAGAAACCCCAAGCUACACCUUCCUUCUCAACCAUUCCAAACCUAACCCACGCUUAUCUAGACCCCAAACCCCAAACUGUUCCCUCACUCACCCACACCAUCAACCUCCUCCUCCCCCGCCUCUGCCUCUCCGACCACCUCGCCACCGCUAUCCACCUCAUCACCGCCGCACUCACUCUCCCCAAUCCUCCCCACAACCCCGACUCCCUCUCACUCCCAAUCCUCGUUCACUCCCUCACCCUCCAGCCCGACUUGAAACUGCCCAUGUCACUCCUCAACCGUAUCCCUCGAGGUCACCCGUACGUGACCCCCAUCUCCACCAUGCUCAUUGCUUCUUUUCUCAAAAAGGGUAGGCCUAAAGAUGCUUUAAAAGUGUAUAAAUGGAUGCUCAGGCCCGGGUCUCCUUAUGAUUCCAUGGUGGACAAGUCUGCCUAUGGGGUUUUGGUUGGUGGGUUGUGUGGUGGUGGGUUGGUUCUGGAGGGAUUGAUGGUUUUGAGGGAUAUGUUGAGGGUUCAUCUUUUACCUGGGGAGGGUCUUAGAAAAAGGGUGGUUGGGAGUUUAUUGAGAGAGGCUAGGGUUAGGGAAGCGAUGGCAUUGGAUCGGCUUUUACCUCGUGUUCGAUCCGAUGGCGGUCUCCAUAAGGUGUUGGAUUUGUUGGAUAACUACAUUGGGAAUUGGUCAGACUAGCUGGCUAGUAUCAGGUUAGUUGCUGCUGCCAAAAGCUGGUGACCAGGCAGAACUCACUUCCUUCGGAUUCAUUGCAACGGCAUUGCUAUCGCUAACCGGUGAAAUAUGGUUUAUUCACUUUAUCCCUCACCCGCUUCUGUUUCAUUCAAACAAGAUAUUUAUACAACAUAAGUUCCAUAUACAACAUAUUUGAUCCAAAAUAAGUUCCAUCAACCUAUUGACUGCAACUUUGAGAUAUGCAUUUUGAGGGUAUGACACGUAACAGAUAUUUAUACAACAUGCUAUUUUCUAGCUUCCAUGUACUAACAUAAGUGGUUUUCCAGAUCCAGCCAGAGAACUGAAGGUCGAACUAUUGAAAGAUCUACAAAUGAGGGAAAAAGGAAAAAGGGAUUAGAUGUAAAACAUAGAGUCAUAUUCUCAGUGUUCCCUAGUGCAGUCAUUAGGGAUGCCCAUAAACCAAGUACUCCCGUAGGACGCUGACUAGGUGACAUAGUCAUUGACGCUUUUAGUCGAACUUCUGAGAUGUUGAGAACGCUGGCAUUUCCAGUAAAAUACAGGUGAUAAGCCCCAAACAAUCAAGUACCGAG